UAUCCAAAAAAAAUCCUCUCUCUCUCCUCUUCAAUUCUCUCAACUCCUGCUUAAGAAACUGUCAUCCCAAAAUUGUCAUUUUUGUUUCUUCUUCUUCUCCAGCCGCUAAGGGAUCGUUAUUGGUUCGGAAGGUGUAGAUUGUGUUGAAAAUGGAUAAAAAAUACAUCCUUCCUAAACACAAAGCCAGUACCACUUCUGAUUCUGCUGGUAGCAGUAAAAAAAAGUUGAGGCAGUUGAAAAUGUCUCAAAAAGGAACAAAAAUAAAUAGUCGAUGUUCGAAUCAGAUUCGGAGUUAAAGGAGAUAAGCGAUUCCGAUGAAGAUAUUACCAAGCACAGUGCUAGUGAUGACAGUGAAAAGAGCAAAUAUAGUGAAAGAAAAAGUGUUGAUGGGGAUAAUGAUCCCUUGUCCGUGCCAUCUCUUUCAAGGUUUAUUUUUGUGGAGCGAUAUGACCUUCGAAGGAUAAUGAAUGAGGUUGGAUCUUUCCCGACAAAGAUAUCAAUCAGAUCAAGAAUGGCUUCUUAUCGAUAAUUCCAGCAAGUUCUUGUCGAUUAAGAGUUGAAGAAAAGAUUCAAGCGGUCUUGUUUUGGACACUUGAGAAACCUGCCAGAACAUCUCAAGUUCAAUGGGCAGUUGGUCCAUUAUUUGUUGUUGCGAUGCAUCAAGAAUGAUAAGAAGCGUCACGAGAUGUGGUUCUGCGUUAACAACAAGCCUGCCUGUUUUGGCUUGAAAGAGUUUUGUUUGAUCACGGGGCUGAACUACUCAUCAUACCCCUGUGAAUCAAAAAUAAAGAAGGUGUUAGCAAAGGGGGAGAAUAUUUGCUUUAAGGUGACGAAAAAUAAAAACAUUACGGUGGUAAAAAAUAUUACGGCAGUCAACUUGCUACACCUGAUCAGAGAAAAUAAGCUGAACGAGGACCAGAAAUUUAAGUGUUAUUUACUGUGGUUCUUGCACACCAUGUUGCUUGCAAAAGAUUCGACGAAGGUUGUCGACACAAAACUGAUUUGAAUGAUCGAUUUUUUGAGUUUCUUCGAGAAUUAUUCGUGGGGGAAAGAGACAUUUCAACUGACCCUGGACUAUCUAAAGAAGAAAAGUGACCUGAAGAAAUAGAGGAAAGUAUUUGAUGAGAAGAAAAAGACAUCCUAUGCUCUAUUUGGAUUUCCCUAGGCAUUCAUGGUUUGGAUCUAUGAGGCCUUUUCUCAUCUUGGAAAAUUUGCUGAAAAAUUAAUUGAUGAGCCUUUUCCCAUUCCCCGCAUCCUUAGAUGGUACACUAAAAAAUGUGACCAGAUAAUCGAAGGUGACUCAUUCAAGUACAAAGGAAAAUUUACCGAUAAUGUGCACCCAUACAUCAUCCCUACUCUUCAUGAGACGAAGAUGGAUUACAUGAUUUCCUUUGAGCCAUAUACGGACGAGUUGAAAAAUAACGUCCUUAAUGGCUUAAAAAAAGAGUUAGAAGGGGUGACUGUACUUAUUUCAAAUGAGGACAGUGAUGAUGACGGAGAUUUGGGUGGUAACCCCAUUGAAGUACGCGUUGGUGAUGAUGAUACUCCGAGCACCUUCAAAGAUGUAGAGGGCACCUCAUCCCCCAGGGAUCUUCAUAAGCAUGUUGCUGCGCUCGAGGAAGCGGUGCUGGAUAUUGCUGCCUAUAUUAGAGAGAAAAGUUUAAAAUGGCUAUCUUACCCUCAAUGAAAUUAUUUAUAGCUACAUAGAUAUCUAUGACUUAUUUUAGACCACAAGUUUCAAAAGUCUUUUUUUCUUUCUUAAACUGCGAAACUCCCUGACGAGUCAAACUACCUCACAUAAAUUGGGAUGGAGGGAGUAAUAUUUCUGAACAAUAACUCCCUCUUGAAUAGUAAUUUAUAGUUUACACAUAAUGAGACUAUAUUUAUGAUUCAUAAAGGCUUGUAUAACAUUGUGUAUAAUGUGUAUAUUGCACUAGGAGAGAAAA